UGUUCUUCGUCCUUCGUCCUGCGUCCUUGGAGAUCGUCGACGCCUCCUGCCUGUCGCUCCAGCCUGCAUCUUUGCCAGCCAUGACAUAGCCAGCUUUGUCUCACACUCGUUGAUUUGCUCAAUUGGCCUCCUGGUCAUGCGCAUCCGCCGCCAUGCUCCCACUCGCACGCCGCGCGGAUUCCCUCUGCUGGCUUGCCUUGUCCCUCCUGGCGUUGACCCCGUCGUCGUCCUGUCUUCCCGGCCGUCUUCGCCCGCGCGCAACGACCGUGCCUGCUCCCAUUUCCUUCUCUCCUGCCCAGAACUGGGAGGGCAUCGACGGGACAUGGAACACCUUCGCCCUCCAGGUCGGCACGCCCGCUCAGGCAGUGCGCGUCAUGAUCUCAACCGCAAGCCAGCAACAAUGGGUCAUUGAUCCUCGCGGAUGCCCGUCCGAUGCCAGCUCGUUUUCUACGUGCGCGAGCUCGCGAGGAGACACGUUCAACAUGUCGCAGUCAACGACCUGGGAUACGAUCGGACUGUACGAGCUGUGGAUUGAGAAGAACUUGGGCCUGUACGGCAACGCAAACUACGGCUACGACACCGUCACGUUGGGAUACCCGGGCGAAGGAGGCCCCACGCUCAAGAACCAAACCGUCGGUGUUCUCGCCACCGAUGCGUUUUACUUUGGCCACUUUGGCAUCAAUCCAAAGCCGACCAACUUCACCAAUUUCGUGGACGAGUCACCCAGCUAUCUUACCGAUCUGAAAAAGGCGGGACUGAUUCCCAGUGUGUCGUGGGGUUACACCGCAGGAGCUCCCUACCGCUUUGCGAAGGUGUACAGCAGUCUCACGCUUGGAGGGUACGACAGCGAUCGCUUCAUCCCAAACGGUAUUUCCUUCCCCUUCGGCACCGACAAUGAACGCGAUAUUCUCGUUUCCGUGACGAGCAUCAGUUCCGUCGACACGUCUGGCACGCAGACUUCACUCCUGCCCAAUUCGAUCUAUUCGUACAUCGACUCCACCAUCGCCGAGAUUUGGCUGCCAGUUGAAGCUUGUCAGCAGUUUGAGAAGGCCUUCAACCUGACGUACGAUGAGACCACGCAGCUCUACCUGCUAUCGGAGGCGGAGCAUAACGCCAUGUUGGUCUCGAAUCCGAACAUCACCAUCACCGUUGCUCCAUACACGCUGGAAGCCGCCAAAGCCGGCACUGUAAACAUCACGUUACCCUAUGCUGCCUUUGACCAGAUUGCGAAGCCACCAUACCAGAGCAUUGCCAACGAGUCAAGGUACUUCCCCCUGCGACGGGCAGCAAACGACUCGCAGUACACUCUCGGCAGGACGUUCUUGCAAGAAGCCUAUCUGACCGUCGAUUGGGAACGCUCAAACUUCUCUGUUGCUGCGUGCAACUGGGCGAAUGGCGGGCCAACGUCGCAGAACAUUGUCGCCAUCUCGUCCUACAACGAUACAAAGGCAAAUGACGGAAACGGAGCGUCUCCGACCGGUAGCGGCGCUUCGAGCCAAGUCUCACCCUUGAGGAUUGGCGCCAUUGCGGGCAUUGCCGUCGGCGGUGUCGUCAUCAUCCUAGCCUCGAUCGUCGGCGUGCUUCUUUACUUGAAGCAUAAAUCUUCGCAGGCGGCCAAGAACGCAAAGGGCGCGGAGAAGGUGACGCCCAAGACGGUCGAUUCCACCAAUUCCAAGGACGACGACGGCGCCGCGGCCGCCGAUCCUAUCGCUGGGCCCACCGUCUACCCGAAAGCAGAAUUGGACGCCUCAACGCCGGCGCGCACUGAAUUAGACACCGAAUAUUACAAGCCUGGCCUUGCAAGCUCUGCCACCUCGUCACACGUAGCACUCGUACACGAGUCGGACAGCAAGGAACGCGAAGUGUUCGAGAUGCCCGGAGACAUGCCUACCAGACAGGAAGCCGACGGGCGCGCCUAUACAGAGAAGGAAGUCAUGCGUCAUCGUGAAGAGCGGAUCAACGGUACAGAUCCCGGCAUAUCACCCAUCACGCCAAACAGCAGCGACAGGAGUCCCGCCAGCACUGUCGCGACAGGCACACUACCGAGCUCUAUCAGCAGUCGUGCGAAUCGCAUGCUGAACCCCGGCGAGAUCAUAGAGCUCGGUCCCUUGGAGAACGGCACGCAGCUUGUGAGCCCUCUGGGUAGCGAUGGACACACUAUGAUGUUCACCAACAUGGCCCCGUUGACGCCUACGACUGCAAACGGCAGCAGCACCAACGGCUCGACCGACCCCGACUCCGGGACUCGAAAGCGGUUCUCGUACGAAGAUCCUUGAACGAAUGGCAUAGUUAAGGAAGUUUUUUUUUCUUUUAUUUGGGAGCGGUUUCCACACGGGAAACACACACUAAUCUACGCAACGGCCUGCUGAAGGAUGGGAUGGACGGAUAUCUUGAUUAUACCCUAGUGCUAUGAUGUAUCAAAAAUUUUCUUUUUUUUGCCUUUUAAUACACGGCAUGGACCAUGUGUAGUCUUGGUUUUUGAUUUCUGCACUUGAAGGGCGGACUGGAAAGUGCACGCACAACAACGCUCUGGCGACUGCGACGUGCAAGGCCGCAUCGAUGCCUCGUAUCUCACGGGCUGUUCCAGCCGGCCCUCGCAUCGACGCCUCGGUGGGUGCGUGAACAUGUACAGGUCAUGGCGGGCCAAACCCCCGGCCCCAGAGGCUCUUGGGAUGGAAAGGUAGCAUUUGAACCAGGUAUAGCCUGCUUGUCGAAAGACGAUAGCGUCAAGCGGCGCGGAUAGAAGCUAGCGUAAUGGAAAAAAAAUAACCUCCCA